AUGUCGCUAUUUGCGACUGUAAGCUUUGCUUUAAGCUUUGGGAAGUUCAGAAAUAUUGAUCUACUACAGAGUGGAUUUUAUAGACUAAGGAGUAGAUUAUAUUUUUUGAAUGAUGGCGUGGCGCAUAGUGCUAUUCCCAAAAAAAUUAUUUAUUCCAAGCAGCAAAAGUUAGAUCUAAAGUGGGAGGGGAUUUCGGAAGAUGGGUCUAUCUUAUCUAGACCUUUUCAGAUUAAUUAUAUAGAUGAUAUAGCAGAGUUAAAUGAGACAAUCAUUUUUACUAGUGACGUAAAAUUGAAAGUUCCAAGUACCAAGCCAUUUUUAUCGUUUUUUAGUGAUUCAAACCAAACAGAUUCAAACGAAAUAUUUCAAAGUACAUUUGCAAACAGUCAACUAAACAUUGCUCCUUUUUUCUUAGAGGUGGAUUUGUUGUAUUCUGAGAAUUCGGAGUCAAUCCUGCUCCCUGAUUUAGACUCAAUAUCUAAUGAUUCAAAUGGUGAAAAUCAGAAAUAUGACCAACCUCAAGACGAGGAAUUUUCGUCUCUGUGCUAUAAUGUGUAUAGGAUUAAUAACGUUGCAAAUGGAAUCGUGGAAUAUCUGCCUAUAAUAUUUGACGAAUUCCAUUUUUGUAAUACAAACUGUUUGAUUUUGAGUCAAAUUACUAGAAUCUUUGCUUCUUGCGACUCCCAUUACUCUGAAAAUAAAACCAAAUACAUUCCAAGAUUUUCUUCUACCAAGCCUCUUCCAGUAAUUCCUUUAUUUCUUCUAUCCACUAAUAAAAGUGAAGAAAAUUUAGAAUUAAACGUUAAGAAUCAGUUAAAGAGUGUGAAUAAAAACUUUAAGCAAGAUGAAAAUAAAGGUCUCUAUCCCAAAAACACUAUAGUUAAGCCACAGGUUGGUUCUUUUACUAUUAGGGGAAUACUUAUCCAAAAAAUGGCUCAAAUUUUUACGGAAUCUUUAAAAGAAUUAGACAAUCAAGAUAAUACCAAAGGCUCAGAUGAGUUACAAACAAACAAAAAUGUGGUUUUGGAAGAAAAGCAAAUCAGUCAACCUUCUGAAUCGACCGAAUACGAGAAAAAUAUUAAUAAUAAACUCCCAAGUGGAUGUGAUAAUAUACAGAGCACUGAAGAAAAAAGUAAAUGUAGUAAUCAAAAGGCUAGCAUUGGGGUUGACGAAGUUUUUCCAUCCACAGUUACUAGAGAUCCCAUGUUUAUUGAAGCUUCAAAACUCAGACUUGAGCUAAUUGCAUCUUUGACAAAUGUUUACCUUCAAUUAGCUGCUAAUAUGUACUAUAUUACAAAGAAAUGUUGUAGCGCACAGAGAGCCAAAUUGAUGGGAUCAUUUUUAGUAAUCCCAAGUUUAAAAUUACCAGGUGGGUCUAGGUUAAAUGUUGAGCCUCUUAUUGACCUUUCAGAAGUAAUUUAUGAAGAAAAUGGUGCGUCAGUGCCAUUUUAUGUAGUUAGAGAACAGAUUGAUCAGAUCGAUGAACACCAAAUUUCCAGAAUUAGCUCAGAAAUUCAGCUUAAAGAGGCGAAUGAAUUCAAACAUUCUCUAACUAUAGCAAGUGAUGGAAGCUCUAUAGGAGUUCUUCCUGAGCAAAGACUUUCUGAUUCCGCUCUAUGUUUGGUUAAAUUACCAACAACUAUAUGGGCUUUAACACCUCUAAACUGGCAACUUAAUUAUAUUAGAGGUAUUACGCCUCCCAUUUUUAAAAGAAGUCCGGCUUCACAAAUAAUUACUCCAGAUCCUUUAAUCUCCCACGAAUCGAUUUUGCCAUUCCAAAAUGUAGUUGAGGCACCAUUUGGAAUUGCUCAAUAUAGUCAAAAGAUCAAUUUAGAGUUGGAGCAAAUUUCAUUCCAAAUUUUUGAGACUUGGAAUAGAUUAGUUGCUGUUCUACCUUUUGUAUUGCACAAACUUGAGCAGACGUGUAAAAUGGAACAUAUAAGGAAAACUAUGUUUUUAUGGAAUGAAACAAUAUUUUUUGAGACUCUUUCAGCCAAUGAAUUAUAUUCUCCAUCAUUAAAGCCAGAACCGUCUGUCAAGUUUCCAGAAUUCUUAGGCAACCGAUCAUUUCCAAUCACACCACCUGUUAUGCUUUCAGUAAAUUCAUCCCCUCCACCUAACAAUCUACCUAAUCAUGGUCAGCUUAACAAAAAAAGUAGUGGGUUUUUUUCAAUAUUUCCUUUACUAACAGGUGGUGUGGGACUAAGCUCUCAAAACUCAACCAUUUUUUCAUUGAAACCUAUUGAUUAUUAUUCAAGAGUGGCUGAUUUACUUAGAAAUGAUAUUGUCUUUAAGUCAAUACCAACUCCAAAUGCAAUUGAGGAGGUAUGUCUUCCUCCUUUACAUGAAAUUACAUCAAAUUCAGAAGUUAAUUCAAACACUAAAAAUGAAACAAAUGACGACCAUUUGUUAAAUCCCCUUUCGAUUGAUCACCUAAAAAGCUCUAAAUAUAAUGAAUGGCUUCCGAUUUUGUUUAUACAAAGAUAUUCAAACUCUUUAACCUUGAGUAAUUACUGUAAAGCUUCAAAUCAACCAACAGUAACUACAAAUUCAGUAGCCAAUAACUCUCUUAUUGAUAAUUCUAAACCUUUUAUUAAUUAUGGAGGUGGUACGAUUAUUCACUGUGGCCAACUUUGCAGAGUUGGAAUUAAUAAUGAUCCUGCUGUUAAUGCUAGAAAUAUAGUCAACAGAAAAAUUGAACAAAAACACAAAAAAGCUUCUUUAAAAGAACAAAAAGUAGAAGAAUCUCAAGAAUGCAAUGAAGCACCUAAAAUACCUAUAAUUAAGACGGAAACACCAUUUUUGGAAAGUAAUAAAGAAUCAACGAAAGAUCUUCACAUUAUGAUAUUUGUUCAUGGACUCCAAGGCUCAGCAUUUGAUAUGAGGAAUGUCAGAAAUAUAAUUUCCCUCUAUUAUCCGGAUGUACUAUGCUUACUCAGUACAUGUAAUGAAGAUUAUACAGAUGGACCAAUUGAAGAAAUGGGGAAAAGGUUAAGUGAUGAAAUUAUUACGGCAAUUUCCCCAUUUUCAAAGUCACUGAAAAAAUUAUCUUUUGUUGGUCAUUCCCUUGGCGGCAUUAUAAUAAGAGCAGCACUUCCUCAUCUCUAUAUGUUUAGUUCUCAGUUCUAUUUAUAUUGGUCCUUGAGCGCUCCUCACUUGGGAUGUAUUUCAAAUAACUCGAAACUUAUCAAUGCAGGCGUAUGGAUUAUGAGAAAAUGGAGUAGUUCUCAAUGUAUUAAUCAGCUUGCACUUUCUGAUUCUCCUAAUUAUGAAGAAACGUUCAUGUACAAACUGGCAACCGAACAUUCUGCACUAUUUUCAAAAUUCAGACACAUUGUGUUGUGUUCUUCUCACCAAGAUAUGUAUGCACCAUAUGAUAGUGCUAGAGCAGAAUAUUCUCCAGAUGGUCCUUCGGUUUACAAAGUGAUGGUAGAAAGCUUGUUAAAAGAUGUGGAUCCUACUCGUAUUGUUAAAGUCGAUGUUAACUUCCACCUUCCACAGAAAAAUCUCGAUACAUUUAUUGGUAGAGCCGCUCAUAUUCAAGUUAUUGAAAAUCAACUCUUUGUUAAGAUUCUGGUUUCUAGAUUUCCAGAAUGGUUCAUCGUAUAA